AUGCGUUGGUUGGCUUCAAUUGAUGAGAGAAAAUUGUGGGGAUGCUUGUUUCUGUCAAUUGGCUCUGUUUUCUUUGUUGGAUAUUUCUUUGUUGCUGUGAUUUCCAAGCUUCUGCCACCUUCUCGUGUUCCCCUCAUUUCUGCAUUGCAAAAGGACUGGUACUACUGCUUCUUGGUGCCAUUGACUCUCCCUAUAAUUGUGGUUGCUGUGUACUUUCAUUGGCUCACUAUGAAGUUGUUCAAGCAUGCAUAG